UUUGAUUUGCUAAAAGUAAUAUUAUUUGAAACAGCUUUAGAGACCCCUUUAUGGACUGCACUUUAUGAUUCAUUUAAUAAUGGCACCCUACCAAGAUUUAUGAAUGUCAUUAAGUUUAAAUAUCCUGUUACUUACUGGUAUCCUACUUAUCUUCUUGAAUUACUAUGGAAACAUGCUUUUAAUCAGGGAUAUAAACAACAAAAGCAUGAUGAUAUUUUAACAAUCUUAAAUAAUCAACAAUUAUUUCGUGGAUUAUGGACUAGAAAAGAACCAACUGAACUCCCGAAUUCCUUAUGGUUCGGAGUAUUAGACCUUGCUCAAAAUUUAAGCUAUACAACAGAUAAACCUAUUAAUUUAGCUCUUUGCUAUUAUUUAGGUUUAGAAUCAAUGCAAAAGUCUAAAUGCUACUAUAUCCAAUUUAAAUCUUUAGAAUUACUUAUCUCACUUUCUUUUCGAGAGCCUGACUUGUUUAAGGAUAUUGUUCAAAAAGAAAUUGAUAAUUUUAUUGAGCAAUUGCCAUUAAACGCACAGCAAAAAUUUACAAUCUUAGUCAAUGAUGUAAACCAAAAGUUUCAGCUAGAUAAUGAAUUUAUCGAACAAUUAAAUGUAAAUGGCCAAAGGAAAUCAAUUAUCAAGAACAAUUCGUUAGAUAAAAUAUCGAAUCCUGUAUUAGAAAUAAUUAUAGAACAUUUUACCUGCCCAAUCAAUAGUGAGAUAUCUGGAGAUUUUAUUAUUUUAUCAUGUUGUGGUCAUUCUGUAAGCUAUAAUGCAAUUAAUGAAUGGAAAAAAGCAUUAAUAAAUGCGGGUAAAAUAUUUGAAUGCCCAUUUUGCAGAUCUAAAAUUAAGCCAGACACAAUCUAUAAUCUUUCACAAAAUGCAAUGAUAAAAGGUCUUCAUAAAAGAUUAGAGAAAGAAGGAUAUUUAAUAGAAGAACGGCAAAUAUCAACAAACAAAAUAUACAAUUUACUUUUAAAAACGAAUAAAAUGUGUAUUUCAGUAUUGAAAAAAUUUCGCCCUAAAGCCUUACAUCCAGCAUUAAAUAAAGCAACUAAAGCAGAACAACAAAAAGAUUAUACAACAGCUAUAGUUUGGUUAACUCAACUUUUACAAUUUUAUCCAAAAAGCUAUUCAAUAUUAUGUAGAAGAGCAUUUGCAUCUUGGAAGCUUGAAAUAUAUCCACAAGCAUUAAAAGAUCUUGCAGAAGCAAUUCAAUUAAAAUCAACAAAAACCUUAGCUUACGAUUAUAGAA